AUGGUUCUCAAAAAACGCCUGACCAACCUCGGGAGUCUGAUCAAGCGCCAGAACUCUACCGACGAUGCGACUCCCACUGAUGGGAACGCCGACACGCCCGAGGCCAAUGCCGCGAGAGGAGUGAGAUCAUUCUGCGAAUCCGGCGCAGCCAACUCGGGCGAGGAGGUCUUGCAUCUACCAACCAUUGUCGAAUCGGCUGUCGCGAGCCCCGGCGCAGCUGCUGCUGCAGCUUCCCAGAUCCGCAAGUUCCUGUCCAAGGACAACUACGAGCGCCCACAUGUCCAAUACAAUGCCGUCAUGCUCAUACGCAUCCUCGCCGACAACCCGGGCCCUUCCUUCACCAAGAAUCUCGACAAGGCCUUCGCCGAUACAGUCAAACAUCUGCUCCGAAGUGGCCGCGACCCGAGUGUUGCCCAAAUCCUGCGCGAAACCCUCGACGCUCUAGCCAAAGACAAGGCCUAUGACACAAACCUAAAUGCCCUUUUCGCCAUGUGGAAGAAGGAGAGGCAGCUCAUGGCAAAUGCGGCCAAAACGUUUGGUCCCCGCAUGAGCGCAGCGGCACCCGUGUGGAAUGGCCACCAUCAACCGUCACACCGAGGUCAGGGUGGAGGAUAUCCGCCGCCAAACGGCCUUCCGCCCCCUGUAGAAUUGGCAUCGCGCAUUGAAGAGGCUCGCACAUCGGCCAAACUCCUCCUACAGCUGGUCCAGUCUACUCCACCCCACGAGUUGCUCGGCAAUGACCUGGUCAAGGAAUUCUCGGAGCGCUGCAUUACUGCGCAACGAAGCAUCCAAGCCUAUAUCAACUGCAACAACCCCGCUCCGGAUGAUGACACGAUGCUUACCCUGAUCGAGACGAAUGAGCAGCUCUCGCUCGCUGCGUCGAAACACCAGCGCGCAAUCCUGCAAGCGCGCCGAGCACUUGGGGCCUCAGCAUCACCCCCCGUACCCAACCUGACGAACAACCCGUUGCCGCCUCUAGGUGUAAGCGCUACCUACAUGCCUCCGCAACAGUCCUCUCCCCAACCCGAACCACCCAUGCUGCCGCCAGUUGAUGUUGUUUCGAGAGAAAAGAAUGACAUGGGAGACGGUAGUCACCAGACAAGCGCGUCUGCGUUACCCGUCUCGCUGCAAGCGGGCCAGAAGUCAUCUUCGCGUCCCGAGCCCGAAGACGAUCCCUUUGCCGACCACCACUCCUCUGGAUACACAGCACCAACCGGAGCACCCCCUCCGCGCCGUGUGCAUGACGACGACGAUUCGCCAGUUACGGGCUACACUGGACCUCCCUACAACCCUGGGUUUCAAUCAACGCCAUCCUACCUGGGUAGACAAGAGAGUUCAGCGAACAACCUGACGAUGCACGGGGCCAGUCAGCCAACAGUGGAAGAAGAGUACACACGUGAUGAUGUGACGCGCAGUGGACCAACGGCAGCGGAGCAAUCCAAAGCACAUGGACGAGUCGACAGUGAUGUGAGCCCCAUCACCGAGCGCGGUACAGUCACGUACCGGUACUGA